CGCCGCCGCCGCCGCCGCCGCCGCCGCCGCCGCCUCCGCCCGGCCGCCGGCCUCCUCCGCCAGCGCACACCGAGCUCCGCGCGGGCCGCGGCCUCGCGUUCCUCCCGCCGGCCCGCGUCCGGCGCGGCCGCCGCCGCCUUCCCGCCUUCCCGCCUCCCGCCCGGCGGCCAUGGGCACCGACAGCCGCGCGGCCGGGGCGCUCCUGGCGCGCGCCCGCACGCUGCACCUGCAGACCGGGAACCUGCUCAACUGGGGCCGCCUGCGCAAGAAGUGCCCGUCCACGCACAGCGAGGAGCUUCGAGAUUGUAUCCAAAAGACCUUGAAUGAGUGGAGUUCCCAAAUCAGCCCAGAGCUGGUCAGGGAGUUUCCGGACGUCCUGGAAUGCACUGUAUCUCAUGCAGUAGAAAAGAUAAACCCUGAUGAAAGAGAAGAAAUGAAAGUUUCCGCAAAGCUGUUCAUUGUGGGAUCAAACUCCUCGUCUUCAACCAGAAAUGCAGUUGACAUGGCUUGCUCAGUCCUUGGAGUCGCACAGCUGGAUUCCGUUAUUAUUGCCUCGCCCCCUAUUGAAGAUGGAGUCAAUCUGUCCUUGGAGCAUUUACAGCCUUACUAGGAACUAGAAAACCUGGUUCAAAGCAAGAAAAUUGUUGCUAUAGGAACCUCUGAUCUGGACAAAACACAGUUGGAGCAGCUGUAUCAGUGGGCACAGGUAAAACCAAAUAGUAACCAAGUUAACCUUGCCUCCUGCUGUGUGAUGCCACCUGACUUGACUGCAUUUGCCAAACAGUUUGACAUUCAGCUCUUGACGCACAAUGAUCCCAAAGAACUGCUUUCCGAGGCGACGUUCCAGGAAGCCCUUCGGGAGAGCAUCCCUGACAUCCAGGCGCAGGAGUGGGUGCCACUGUGGCUGCUACGCUACUCUGUCAUCGUCAAGAGCAGAGGCAUCAUCAAAUAAGGGUACAUUCUGCAGGCCAAGCGCAGGGCUCCUGACUGCAGCGUACCUCCUCGGUGA